AUGUGUGUUGACAGUCGAGCCAUCAACAAAAUCACAGUAAAAUACCGUUUUCCAAUUCCUAGAUUGGAUGACCUGCUAGAUCAGUUGUGUGGAGCGAAGGUGUUUAGCAAACUCGACUUGACGAGUGGGUACCAUCAGAUCAGAAUUCGAGAAGGUGAUGAGUGGAAAACAGCUUUUAAGACUCGAGAAGGGUUAUAUGAGUGGAUGGUUAUGCCGUUUGGAUUGUCCAAUGCGCCUAGUACAUUCAUCCGUAUAAUGAAUCAAGUUCUCAGGCCCUUUAUCGGUACUUUUGUGUUCGUUUAUUUCGACGAUAUUCUUAUUUAUAGUGUUGAUAUGAACAUGCAUUUUCAACACGUUCGAGAAGUGCUUUCAACUCUACGUCGGGAAAAAUUAUUUGCAGCCAUCAAGAAGUGUUCAUUCAUGACUGAACAAAUUCUAUUUCUCGGCUAUGUCGUAACCAAGGAUGGAAUAAAGGUAGAUGAUUCCAAGGUUGAAGCUGUAAGAAAUUGGACCACACCCACUACACUGCACGAGGAAGCUGACAAAGCCUUUGAAGCAGUCAAGACAAAACUAAUAACCGCACCACUAUUGGUGUUACCUGAUUUCAGCAAGCCAUUUGAAUUACACUGUGAUGCAUCGAAGGUGGGAAUUGGAGCUGUUUUGAGUCAGGAAGGACGACCUGUAGCAUAUUUUAGUGAGAAGUUGAAUGGUGCUAAGACCAACUACAGUACUUAUGAUGUGGAGUUUUAUGCCAUAGUUCAAGCCUUGAAGCAUUGGCGACACUAUCUAAUUCAUAACGAAUUCAUUAUGUUUUCUGACCAUGAUUCUUUAAGGCAUAUCAAUAGGCAAGAGAAGCUUUCAUCUAGACAUGGUAAGUGGGCUUCUUAUUUGCAAGAGUUCACUUUUGUACUGAAGCACAAAGAUGGGUCGCAGAAUCAAGUUGUUGAUGCUUUAAGCCGUCGAAGUAACCAAUUGUGUAUUCCCGAUUCUAGUCUUCGAUUGAAGAUUAUUAAGGAGUUACAUGACGAGGGGCACAUGGGUAGAGAUAAAACUUUCCAGCUUGUUUCAAAAUCAUAUUACUGGCCAACAAUGAGGCGUGAAGUUGCUAAAUUCGUGGACAGAUGUCGAAUCUGUCAAGUUUCAAAAGGAAAAGCAACCAAUGCAGGGUUAUAUAUACCACUAAAAGUUCCAAGCCAACCAUGGUCAGAUUUGAGCAUGGAUUUUGUAUUGGGUUUACCUCGAACUCAGAGGGGGAAUGAUUCAGUAUUUGUUGUUGUCGACCGUUUUUCAAAAAUGUCUCACUUUAUUGCUUGCAAGAAGACUACUAAUGCACUGAAGGUAGCUGAAUUGUUCUUCCAAGAAGUGUAUCGUCUACAUGGAUUGCCCUGUUCAAUAGUCAGUGAUCGAGACACAAGAUUCCUUAGUUAUUUCUGGAAAACCUUGUGGAAAUUGGCUAAUACAAGACUUAAUUUCAGUAGUGCGUAUCAUCCUCAAAGUGAUGGACAAACAAAAGUUGUGAAUCGUUCUUUGGGUGAUAUACUACGGUGUAUGGUUGGAGACAAUCCGAAAAGUUGGGACCAGAAACUUUGCCAAGCUGAAUUUGCAUUUAAUCGUUCAGUCAACCGUAGCCUGGGUAUGAGUCCGUUCGAGCAAGUUCACAAGUUGGCCGAAGAACAGUUGCUUCGAGCUAAUGAAAGGUACAAGGAGGCGGCAGAUAAGAAACGCAGAGUUGUCGAGUUUGAAGUAGGGGAUUUUGUCUGGGAAAUAUUGACAAAGGAUCGUUUUCCAGUUGGCGAGUACAACAAACUGAAGGCACGCAAGAUUGGUUCCUUGGAAAUUGUCGCAAAGAUUAAUUCCAAUGCAUACAAGUUGAAGCUUCCAAGUCACAUCCGUACUUCUGAUGUUUUUAAUGUAAAACACUUAGUGCCUUUUUGUGGUGAUAAUUCUGAUGAUGAUACGACAAAUUCGAGGGCGAAUUUCUCCCAACCCCGAGAGAAUGAUGCAGAUGAGUAG